AUGCCAACUGUGGGAAUAAAGAAGGUCGUCCUCGACAAACAUUUCAACAAAGUUUAUACCGAAAAGGAGUUUGAUGAGCUUUGCUUCGAAUAUGGUCUUGAAUUAGACGAAAUUACAUCUGAAAAGGCUGCCGUUGAGAAAGAGCGCGGAACGGACGCCGCUGUUGAUUUGAACGACCAAGAAGUCUAUAAAAUCGACAUUCCAGCCAAUCGCUACGAUCUUUUGAGCGUUGAGGGACUUUCUAGAGCAAUCCGCAUUUUUAAACAAGAAAUUCCUGCUCCGAUAUACAAAUUUGCACCAAAGCCUGCUGGAGGCUAUCAGCAAAUCAUCGUGAAGAAGGAGACCGCCGCCAUUCGCCCAUUCGCCGUCGGAGCUGUGCUGCGCGACAUCACCUUCGACGCCGAUAGCUAUGCAUCGUUCAUCGACCUUCAGGACAAAUUGCAUCAAAACAUUUGCCGAAAACGGACUCUAGUGGCGAUUGGGACCCAUGAUUUGGAUACUAUUCAAGGGCCAUUCGAGUAUCGCGCCGAAACACCAAAAGAUAUCAAAUUCAAGCCGCUCAAUCAAACCAAAGAAUACACCGCCGAAGAAUUGAUGACAUUGUAUUCAACGGAUAGCCAUUUGAAGCCAUAUCUUCCGAUUAUUCGAGAUCAUCCGAGAUAUCCAGUGAUCUACGAUAAGAAUGGAAUUGUCUGCUCGAUGCCGCCAAUUAUCAAUGGCGAACACUCGAAAAUCACGCUGAAUACGAAGAACGUGUUUAUCGAAGCGACGGCGACUGACAAACAGAAGGCGUUUGUUGUUCUUGAUACCAUUGUCACACUGUUCUCGCAAUAUUGCGCCAAGCCGUUCACCGUUGAACAAGUUGAAGUAAUUUAUGAGGAAACUCAACAAAAAGAGAUCUACCCGCUUCUUUCCUAUCGUGAAAUGACCGUCGAGACGCCGGAAAUCAAUACCAAGAUUGGAGUUGAUCUUGACGAUCAGACAAUGGCGACACUUCUCAACAAAAUGUCGCUGAAAGCGGAAGUUGUUAAGAAGAACACAUUGAAGAUUGUUGUUCCUCCCACAAGACACGAUAUUCUACACGCAUGCGAUAUUGCCGAAGACGUUGGCGUUGCUUAUGGCUACAACAAUCUGACACUACGUCUCCCUGAGUCGAACACCGUUGCUGAAGCUUUCCCAAUCAAUAAGCUUUGCGAUUUGCUGCGAAUUGAAAUCGCCGCUGCUGGAUGGACGGAGGCGCUCAAUUUUGCGUUGUGCAGUCGCGACGACAUUUCGACGAAACUUCGCCAACCGGACGCAUUGAAGCAGGCGGUUCAUAUCGGAAAUCCAAAGACAUUGGAGUUUCAGGUCGCCCGAACAUUCCUUCUCCCGGGAUUAUUGAAAACGCUGUCAUCGAACCGCGAUAUGCCGCUUCCAUUGAAGUUGUUCGAGGUGCAAGACGUCGUCUUGAAGGAUUCGCAAAGUGACGUUGGCGCGCGAAAUGAGCGACGCCUCGCUGCUGUUUACUACAAUAAGGCGGCCGGUUUCGAGAUUAUUCAAGGAUUCCUCGAUAGAGUUUUGAGAAUGCUCAAUGUGAAUCCUUCAAAAGACGGAAACGGCUAUUUCAUUGAGGCUGAAGACAACGACACAUAUUUUCCGGGAAGAUGCGCCAAAAUCACCGGACCAAAAGGGGUUCAUCUAGGUUAUAUUGGUGCUCUCCAUCCUGACGUCAUCACCGGUUUCGGUCUGACACUUCCAUGCGGAGCCGUUGAAAUCAAUUUGGAGCCAUUCUUAUAA